CCGAUUGCUUGAGAUCGUGCGUUGUUGAAACUUCAAGUUCGCGCAUCGCACACACGCCGCGCAUCACCCCUCAUCGGGAAGUAGCAGAGCACCAACCAUGUCCCCUCAACGUCACCUCCUCUCCUUCCUCCUCCUUCUACUUACCUCUCCCCACCAAGCCAUCGCCGUCAAGAACCUCCCCGCGGGCGUCGACAUUUCAGAAGACACACCCGGCCAAGUAACCAUAAACGGUGACCCAACCGGCAACACCACGGUUGGCGCCAACCUGCCCAUCUCAGCGACCAUCUUCUGGGGCGUCCCCGGCCCUUCGACCUGCCGCGGCAGCGUUAUGGUCGAGUUCCGCCUACCGCAACCUGCCGACCCGGACGCCGGCCCGACGCAAGAAUGGUGCUACACCCUACCGCGGGUGAGCGGGUGCGGCAAGUUUGUAGCGAGCAAGGAGGCCGGGUGCCAGGCGCGCUUGUUUUCGGAACCCGGGUGUCAAAUGUACGUGAACACGGCCGUGUUUAUCCCGGAGGAGAGGGCUGUCGGCGGUCGGUGGUGGAGCGUGGGGGUGCGGUGUGGAGUGCCGGCGCCGGCGCCGGAAUCGGAGACCCUCGGUCUGCCGCCUCUGGCGGGGUUGAUCCGGCGGCCAGGUGGGAAUUGAGUUGGCUAUAAGUGGGAGGUCGUUGGGGGAGAGUGUCCACGAGAUGUGUUACCAUUGUAUGCUUAGUGUCGAGCCUAGUGCAGGCAGCCGCGCAGAAUUCCAUACCGUAGAUCGUAGUUCUACCGUCAAUGUGUUCUCCUGCUCCCUAAGCGACUGUUGCCUUGUUGUAAGGUAUUCUGGUGAAUUCCCCCAAGGAAAUGCACUGGGAAAUGGGUGCUGUGCGCCGCGGAGCACCGCGGAAGUGAGAAGCAGGGAGAAUGGGCUCAAUGGAGAGAUACCGGGGCUCUUAAGUAGGGUUUGCGGCAGACAAUGAAGCCAAGCGGACG